AAGCACACGGCGCAUGGAGGUUAAAAUGUGUUGUGAAAAGUGAAGAGGAGAAGUUCAGUCUGACUCCACAGCUCAAGAUUUAUCACAAUGCUUUGGAAACGGCUUCCCUUCUGCGCCCUCCUCGUUGGCGUUCUCACGUCGCCGACUCCAUCGUCAGCGCCCACCGCUAACACGGAGCGAGGACCCUGUCGCAUCCACAACUCCGGCCGGUCUGCAGACUGCCUCGGGCGACAGCUGGAAAACGUCCCGUGGACACAGUUCCCAUCCACGCUUGAAGAAAUCGACCUCUCGUUCAAUAAGCUCCAAGCUGUUGGCGCUGACGACUUCCUGCGCCUCCCUCAGCUUCGCGUCCUUCAGCUGAGGUACAACAAUAUCUCACACAUUGACAACGACGCCUUCAGAAACAACGCGCUGCUGGAGCAUCUCGACAUCUUUAAUAACUCUCUGCAGGAAAUUCCCGCCGCGGCUCUGACACCUCUCACCAACCUGAAAACGCUCUACAUGUCCAAUAACCUUUAUAAACACGCCACUCUGGCUGACAGCUUCUCCAAAUUCGUGAAACUCCAAGUGCUGUCGAUGGGCGGCCCUCUAGUGAUGGGUCUAAAGAAGGGGGACUUUCAGCCCCUCAAGAACAUCGGGUUGCAAGGUUUCGCCAUCAAAUGUUCCUCCAAUCUGAGUUACUACGAGCCUGGAAGUUUAGAAGUCAUUCAGACGCAGCAGAUGGGCUUCGACAUGGCCGUAGAUCAGCGGUCAAACGCGCUCCGUCACAUGCUACGCGACCUGGCCAACAAGACGUUCGCCGUCAUCCAGUUCCGCAACCUGUUUGAGUUCAUGUACUACAUGCAACCAGAGGACAUCUUUCAGGGUUUGAAAGACAUCACAGUCCACCAGCUCAUCUUCCACAGGGGUAAGUUCAACGAGAAUCUCCUGAGGAUGGCUUUGAAGAACCUCCAAGCGGCCCCCGUCCGGCGGCUGAGGCUGCAGUACAUCGACUUCGCCCGAUCGCCAACGUUUGUCGAUAGCGGAGCAGGUUCCAGCAUCACAGACCUGGCACUGGACAAUUUGGAUCUUUGGUAUAUCAGCAACCCAGACGUGCUGCGAUUUGACUGGCGCUUCACCUGGUUCAACAAAAUUAAGAAGCUGUCCAUUCGACACGUGUACUUCAACUCCGUACCUUGCGACGCCUGGGUCGAGAUGGAAGGUGUGAAGUUUCUGGAUGUUUCCAACAAUCGACUGAAGAAUGAGUUCAUCUUCAACCAGCGAUGCGACUACAGGGGCACCAUGCCAAACCUUCUCACCUUCAACAUGAGCAACAAUGACUUAACCAGUCUAAAGGACAUGUCGUCUCUUACGAGGGAGUUCCGGCAGCUGCAGGUGUUGGACUUUAGCAACAACAAACUGGGAUCCGCUGAAGCAAGCCGAGACUGCGUUUGGAAACAAAACAUCACUCGGCUCAUCGCUCACCACAAUCAGUUUGUAAGCGAAGCCCUUAACUGUCUGCCCACCACGGUGCAGUACUUGGAUCUGUCCUACUGCAACCUGGACCAGCUGGACAUGACGUACUUUAACAAAGCCACCAGCCUGAAAACCCUCCUGCUGAGUGGGAAUAAAAUUAAGUUUAUCCCAUCCAAGUGGGAAAGUCCAUCACUGCAGUCCCUAGCUCUGGACGGGAAUUCAUUUGGCCUCAUUAGCAAAGCGUCCUUCCAGGACAUGCCCCAGUUGGCUCGCCUUCGGGCGGGGAACAACCCUUACCAUUGCACUUGUGAGCUUCGCGCUUUCGUCGAGGACACGCUUUCCAAAAGGAGAGUCAAUCUCACAGACUGGCCCUGGAACUACCGGUGCUACCACCCGGAGGCGCUGCUCAACACGGUCGUCGCUAAGUUCUUCCCGGGUCAAGUGGCCUGUGACAUCAGACUGGUCAUCAUCAUCUGUGUUGCAACCACGGCAGCAGUCAUCCUGAUAUUUAUGCUGAUUUGCUAUAUUUUUGACCUCCCGUGGUACACCAAAGCCACGUACCAGAUCAUCAGGGCCAAGUACAGAGCUCACAAGGAGAAGGCCGAAGGGGAUGUGGAGGAUUUCACCUACCACGCCUUCAUAUCAUACAGCCACUCGGACGCCGAUUGGGUGAGGGACCAGCUCCUGCCGUGUUUGGAGAAAAACAGGAACCCCUAUCGUCUGUGCAUUCACGAGAGGGACUUCAUGCCGGGAAAGUGGAUCAUCGAUAACAUCAUCGACAACAUUGAGAGCAGUCGUAAGGUGAUAUUCGUCCUCUCUCGGCACUUUGUUAACAGCGAGUGGUGCAACUACGAGCUGUACUUUGCGCAGCAGCGAGCGAUGGGAAAGACCUUCAGCGACGUGAUCCUGGUGGUCAAGGAGCCCAUCGAUCCGAGCUCCUUGCCCAGCAAGUACUGCAAGCUGAAGAAGAUGCUGAGCACCAAGACGUACCUGGAGUGGCCCCAGCAGGUGAACCAGCAGGCGUUUUUCUGGGCCCAGCUGAGGAGCGUCCUGGGAAAGCCCAAGAUGACCCGAGACGGGACGCACAGCGUUAAGAGCAGAACCUCAUCCGUGGGAGGGAUUUCUGUGAUCAGGCCUCCCAUUGAGGAGGGAAUGCCAGAGCUAGCUGAGCCUCAUGACGACAAAGAAGUAAAACGCCCAAAAGAGAAUAUGAACUGGAACGACGUGGAACGGUCCAAUCAGAACCAAAUACCUGUGGUGGCAUUUUGACCUUAAGCUUGAACAAAUGUCCACACUCCCUCAGGAUCUUUCUCAGUAAAGGCCUGUGACCUUUUUGGUGUGGGUUAUGCCAACCUGGAAGCAAAAGCCAGCACCUCAUUACGAUGACAAACAAAAAAA